AUGUCAACUAAACUACCUAUUAACAAAAAGACCAAAAUGUCAGACUUGAUAAACAAUCGUUUAAAGAUACAUACGGUUGAUAAUAGAACUUACACAGGAACACUUCUUUCGUUUGACAAGCAUCUCAAUUUAGUAUUGGCUGACACAGAAGAAGCAAGAAUAACCAAAAAAAGUUUACAGGAUUUACGAACACAGAGCCAGAAAAAGGCAAAUAAGAAAUUACCCAUCAGUUCAAGUAAUACACCAUUAUUUCCUACUGAAAUUCCAAAGAGUAAUAAACCCGAUUUAGCAAGGAGACAUGUUGGAUUAAUUAUAUUAAGAGGAGAGCAAAUUGUCAAUUUCACUAUUGAAAGUGGUGUAUCGAGUGAUAAUAAAGCUGGUACUUCUGUAGGAUCUGGAUCUGGGUCUGGAACCAGCCGACCUUUGAAACAACCAGUGAGUAAAUUGAAAAAGAUUGCUUAA